GUGGUGGAAGAGACCGGUGGUUUGGCCUGCCGAACGCGGAUCGGUCGUAUAGAUUAUGUGGUGCGGGAUUAGCGAGCGAUCGAGCUGUCCCCUACCUGUGUUGCUCUCCCUCUCCCUCCCUCUCCCCCUCUCUCUCUCUUGCGCGCUUGCUUGCUUCCCUUCUCCGUGUGAGCGAGGCCACCAGCGGAGGAGGGCUGUGCUGAAGAAGGCUGCGCCAGCGAGAGCUUGGUGACUGGGGACGCAGGAGUUUCAUGCAUUCCACAAAACCACUGAAAUACUGGAAGACUCGCAAUCUGAAGAGAUUACAUUCCGCGAAACAGCGCUGGGGUCAACGCUAGUAGAUCAUCAAAAUGGUGACUGAACAUCAGUCUGGAUAUCUGGAUUAAUGUAAUAUAGGUAUAUUAGAUAGUACGAAAUCGGAAGUCCACUCUACUGCCGCAGUAUCAGCAGGAGACACUGGAAUGGCUGAAGUCAACUUGUUGCAUGGUGAAUCUGACACAUCAGCUACCGGUUUACUGCCAGUGUCAUUCUUGUCAUGCAGUCCUAGAUCUAUGGUUCCAAUAUCAGUUCCGUCAUCAUCUGGCCUUGAAGCUAUCCUGACACCUAAUCCAAUGUACAGUGAUGUUCAGUUGAAAGAAGUGAACUACAAUGCUACAGCAAUGGACGAAAGCACCGAGUUCCUUCAGCUGAUUCUUAGUGGCAAUGAUGAAGGCUACAAUACUACAAGCGAACUGCAAGUUUGGGAUGUUCUGGAUUUCUACUUCUCAGAAAGUUUUUCUGAUGUACAAUUUGAUAGCAUAAUGGGUUUUACAAGUGACGUCAGUACUUCCUCUCAUGAUUAUAUGAUGAAUAUUGUUGACUUGGUAGAGCGGCCUGUGGCACUCCUGUCUCUCAAUGAGACAGAGGAACCAAAUAAUGCAACCAAUAAGGCUCCAGUCGAUCACAGUACAAUGGACCCUGAUGACACAUCCUUGUACCUUCAAAUGAAACCACCAGAUUCAGAAACCGAAAGUACUUCUGCCUCUCAGGAUGUGAUAGGAAUUGAGUAUGGUGAUGAAAAGCUUCAUUCUAGAGGUCUGCCUGAUUUAAUGGAUGUUGACUCAUCCAAUCGUCUGCGAAAAUCACCAGUGAGAACAAAGCAUGUCACUCUUGUGCUUGAUUUGGAUGAGACUCUUGUCCAUUCAACAUUGGAUCACUGUGAUAUAUCUGAUUUCAGCAUUCAAGUUUUCUUCAAUAUGAAAGACCAUACAGUCCAUGUGAGACAAAGGCCCCACCUGAAGAUGUUCCUUGAGAAGGUAGCUCAGAUGUUUGAGCUUGUCAUUUUCACAGCUAGUCAGAGAAUCUAUGCUGAGCAGAUAAUAGAUAGGCUUGACCCUGAUGGGAAAUUGAUCUCGCAGCGAAUAUAUCGUGAGUCAUGUAUAUUCUCUGAUGGCAGCUAUACAAAAGACCUGACAAUUCUGGGAGUCCACUUGGCAAAAGUUGCUAUAAUUGACAAUACGCCACAGGUUUUCCAGUUGCAAGUCGAUAAUGGUAUCCCGAUAAAAAGCUGGUUUGAUGACCCCGCGGACCAGGAACUGGUUGAGUUACUCCCGUUCCUCGAGACCCUUGUUGAUGCAGAGGACGUAAGGCCACUAAUCUCAAAGACUUUUCAUGGCACAGUCCAGCAGGAUUAGACUUAAGAUGCAUCAUUAUCAUGCACUGAGCCUGAGCCUGCCACUGUGUCAGCGAACUCCAUCUUGGGAAAUUAGGUAUAGGAUCAGCAUUCACCAUUUAUGUUAUGUUGGCUGUUACAGAUAGCAAGCAUAAACUGCAUGUCGCCAUGGCUUGUAUACGUAGUAUUGCUCGGGUUUUCUGUGUGGCAGGUCUGUGUACAUAAAUUAUAGUAUUGAAUAAAGUGAUCUGAAUCCAGUUUUUGCUCAAA